CGUGUGUAUGUGCAAGUGUGUGUAGUUGCUCGAGUGCGUGUGCGUGAGGAGCUGUAGUCGUCGUCGUCGUUGCUCUCGUCCUCGUCCUGACUGGAGCCCCGAGCCAAAGAGUCGUCACAACGUCGUCGUCAUCAAAGCCCACGACAUCAGCCGCUGCUGCCGCCGCCGCCGCCGCGUCCAAGGUAAAAACACAGCGUCAAGCAUCCACACAGAGUCCACCACCAGGAGGAGCAGCAGCAGCAGCAGCGGGAUCAACAACAGCUGCAACAGCAACAGCACGCAGCGGCGGACGCAGCGGCCAUCGGCGUCGCAGUAGCAGCAGUAAUCCAAACGCCGGCAACACGAAAGCGACCAGCGGCAGCGGUGGAGCUGGCUGCGCCGGCGUCGCUGGUGGCGGUGGUGGUGGUGGUGGAGGCGGUGGUGGCGGCGGCGUUGGAGUUGCUGGAGGCGGCGGUGGCACGGCCAACAUUAAGCAAAGCGUCAGUCGCAAUAGCAACAUACGCAGCAGCUCCUCCAACAGCACCAUGGCAUCGGCCAAUCAUCGAGGCGGACGCGCCGGCAUCGCUGGCGCCGGCGCUGGCGUUGGCGAUGGCAAUGCGGCUGGCUUGCAGUUCGGCUCCGCCUGGUUUCAGCGCAAAAUCAAUCUAAGGCCGCAGCAUCGCGGCGUCCAUUUGGUCACCGAAGAGAUACUUAGACAAAUGCCGGAGCUGAUGCAAUUCUCUGUGGGAUUAUGUCACAUGCAAAUACUUCACACCUCGGCGAGUUUAGCGUUAAACGAGAGCUGGGAUCCAGACGUCAGAGACGAUAUGGAAAUGAUGUUGAAUAAAAUAGUUCCCGAAGGUUUGCCCUAUAGGCAUUCGUGCGAAGGACCCGACGACAUGCCCGCACACGUGAAGGCCUGCUUUCUGGGCAGCUCACUGACAAUCCCCAUUACCGAUGGCAAACUCUCGCUGGGCACCUGGCAGGGCGUUUGGCUGUGCGAGCAUCGCGAUCAGGCCGGCAGCCGUAAGCUGGUGAUCACACUCACUGGCUGUCCGCGCGAACAGGCCGUACGCAGUCCGCUGUCACCCGUCUCGCCCAUCGCCAGUACGUCCAGUUAGGGGCGGCCUCGCUCCACCCGCGACAGCCGGUAAUCGCGGGGGAGCGACAAUAAUGACAUCAUUUCGUCGAGGAAGUUGAUUUUACAAAAGAAUUUAGCUAGGGCCACAGCACAGCAGCGAGCGGCGGCGGUUAUAGCCGCCGGACAUGGUUUAAUUGGAGCAACUGCAUCCGUUGCGGCACCGGCGCCACCCGGCGCUGUGCCCAUCGAUACGAAGACGCAGCGUUUGCUGUUGCGGCAGCGUUUACAUUUGAAUUUGAAUUUGAAUGUUACCGAAACGCUGCAGGAUGGCGUUGAUAUUGAUGAUGUUGAUGAGGAUGUCUGCGACGACGACGAUAAUGACAAUGGUAAUGAUGAUGAUGUGGAUGACAAUAGGACUGCAUCCACUGAUGAUCGAAGCGUUGUCAUUGUUGACAACGUUGCGGAUGUCGUCGAUGCUCAGGGCAGUGGGCGUCGCCGUGUUGGUGAUAAUCUACAAACCGUCACAACAGUGCCUCAAACCAAACAACAACAACUAAGACAUAAGAUCACCGCAGCAGCAACAACAACAACAACAACAGAAACAGAAACAACAACCAGCUCAUCAACAGCAUCUAGCGCAUUAGCUAAAUUCAAUCGUAUACUCGAGUCUGCUAAACUGGAACCACAUCGGGCCUCGUCAGCGUUCAGCAGCGCAACGCUGCAGCAACGCCUGGCGCUGGCCUAUCCAGAGCUGCAACAGCAACAACAACAUCAUCAACAGCAGCAACACGAGUUGCGACAAAUCGACAACCUCCCACGUAGCACAAGUCGUGGCAUUGCCGUCGUUAGCACCCCAUUAACAUUGCAAGCACUAGACACAAUAAAAACUAAGACGACGGCAAUGUUAGAGCAACAACAGCAACAAUUGCUGCAACAGCAGCAGCACGACGCCGCUGAUUAUACGAAACGAAAUGAUGUGCAUUAUUUGUUGAAACAGUUAAAUAGUUUUAGUGAUAUAGAAGAAAUAGAAAUUGUUGAUAUGAAGCAAAGACAGCAGCGACAGCAA